CGCGCUCCCUCGGUGCGGCGGGUCUGCGUGCGUGAGUGGGAGGUGGCAGGCCUCAGCCUCUGGCCUUCUCCGCUGACUCUUGCAGCGCGCCGUCUCCAGCCAUGAACCGGUUUAGUACCCGGUUAAUGGGAGCCACCGCGACGCCGCCGCCACCGCCGAAAGCCCGCAGCAAUGAAAACCUGGACAAAAUUGAUAUGUCUUUGGAUGAUAUCAUCAAAUUGAAUCGAAAGGAAGGAAAGAAGCAGAAUUUCCCGAGACUAAAUAGAAGACUCCAGCAAAGCGGUGCCCGGCAAUUCAGGAUGAGAGUGAGAUGGGGAAUUCAGCAGAAUUCUGGUUUUGGUAAGAAUAGUCUGAGCCGUAGAGGAAGAGUGAUGCCUGGAAAGAGACGUCCUUAUGGAGUUAUCACUGGCCUUGCAGCUAGGAAAGCAACUGGAAUUCGAAAAGGAAUUAGUCCUAUGAAUCGACCUCCUCUAAGCGACAAGAAUAUAGAACGAUAUUUUCCAGCGUUAAAAAGGAAGGCAAACCUUCUGAGACAAAAUGAAGUGCAGAGAAAACCAGUUGCAGCUCUCAAGAGACCUAACCAGUUAAAUAGAAAAAAUAACAUUCCAGCCAACUUUCCCAGGAGUGGAAAUAAAUUAAGUCAUCAGAAAGAUACUCGUCAGGCAACUUUUCUUUUCAGAAGAGGCCUGAAGGUUCAGGCCCAGUUGAACUCAGAACAACUGCUAGACGAUGUAGUAGCAAAGAGAACUCGUCAAUGGCGGACUUCCACCACAAAUGGAGGAAUUUUAACUGUAUCCAUUGAUAAUCCAGGAGCAGUGCAGUGCCCAGUAACUCAGAAACCACGAUUAACUCGUACUGGUGUGCCCUCAUUCUUGACAAAACGGGAGCAAUCUGAUGUAAAGAAAGUUCCUAAAGGUGUCCCCCUACAAUUUGACAUAAAUAGUGUUGGAAAACAGGGAUGACUUUGAAUGAGCGAUUUGGGAUCCUGAAGGAACAAAGAGCCACUCUCACUUUCAACAAAGGAGGAAGCCGCUUUGUAACUGUGGGAUAGAUCCCAUGUCAAAGGGACUUUUGAGUGAUGACUCUUUUAAAAGUUGAAUUGCUUGAAGAGUUCAUCACAGAAAUUCAAGAAACUUUAUUUCAAAAUAUUCACAAGGCUAAAUAACUCUUAUUUUUUAUUUUUGAAGUUUUUUCUUUUUUUUUAACAUGUAUAAGUAAUGUCCUAAAAGAAUAACAGGGAGUAUACCUAUGUGUUCUUAAAGAUUUCAUGGUUAGCCCAGACAGAACAAUUCUCUAUUUGACUUCUUUGGUUCCUCAUACAGCAGAAAGAGGGUGGAAAGAUAGAAAUUGAUUAUUUUUAUGAUAGUGGUAUUUAGGAUCUCAUCACCUUUGCCCUUUACACCUUGCCAUGGUAAAUCUUGGUCUUCAAGAUUUGAAGUAGGUCUCUUUGUUGCUGUCACUUAUCCUUUAAUAGUGUUUCUGUAAUAAGUGCAGUUGACUUCAUUAGGGAUAUAAAAAAAUUAUUAGAAUUCCAGUUUGGGGGUUUAAGAUUUAUGGGAAUAUCUGGAAUUUGAUUCAUUUUUCAAAUAACGUUAGGUUAAUCUUCCAGAGUUGUAAAUCUUUAAUGCUGAACUUUUAACAAGAAAUGUGACUCUAAGCAUAGGCUCAGUUUAAAAUGUUAAUGUUUGAAGGCUGUAACUGGGAGUUUACAAAGUUAAUCUGAUAGAGCCUCCUCGCAGGAAAGUCCAGUAUAAAAAUCUGAAAAUUUGUGCUUAGUAAAUGUUUACUUCUAUGAUAGGAAGUAGCAGGUGGAAGACAGGUAACUGAGGUGAAAAACUUUAAAACCUAGGUCACAGGUAUACUGUUUGGAUUUAGUGUAGUCUUAAGUCUAGUGUCCACAAAGAAUUCUUCAAAUUAUAUUUAGAAUAAUUAUAAUUGUUAAAAUAAAUUGAGUCCCUUAGAUAUUUUGAUAGUAAAAUUAGCCAUAAAGUUCUAGACUUCUUAUUCAAAAAGUUAAAUUUUAAGUUUGCUAAAUUAAACAGUAUAUAGUUCUAAAAAAAAUGUAUAUGUCACAAGGUAAAAGGUGCAAAAUGAUAAUAGUGUUACAAUAUAGCCUUGUUUUGUACCUUUGCUUCUGAUUUCUUGUAUAAAGUUCAGGCAUUUAUGGUGAAAAAAGGGUUUUUCCCCACACACUCUGGAGGGUUAGGAGGAGUUAGUUUGCUGUGCCAAGCUAGUGCUAAAAGUCCUCAGAUGGUUGUAAACUUAAGUUAUGGUAUAAUGCCAAAAUGCAGCAAAAUAUUCAAACUGCAAGUUACGUUUGGUCAUUUUGAAGCUUAACUUUUUGGUUUGCUAUAAUGGUAAAAUCUCUAAGUAGGUCUUAGUUUCCCUACAAUGUAUUAUUAGUGUUGGUUUUCCCUGUUAAAAAAACACAAACAUUAAGUUAUGGCUCCUGCCUGCCUUGCGGUGUAUACUAGACUUCAUCGUUGUCUCUCAUGCUCCUUGGGUUACUUGGUUUAUGCUAGCCACAGAAAGCUGUCAAUAACAGUUUCAUGUUUAUACCAAAGAAUUAAAUCUGAUCCUUAAUAUCUGGUAUUUUGCUUGUAAGUCUACUGAUAAAGGAUUAUUGGAAGCCAGUCAUACAAUUUGAAAGUAAAUUCUAGGCUCUCCGUAGGCCAAGGACUCACUGCAAAACAUUUUUGCAAGUGUGAAUGCUUAGAUUUGAUCCAUGAACAAUACAUUUUAGGCUGGUUUAGAGUUAUUGGUAACUUAUUUUAAAGCAAAGGAAAAACAACUGAACACAAGUUUGCUGUCUUUAGAACAGUUUGUGAAAAUAUGGUAUAAAGAUGUUUUCGUUUUCUUGUUAUUUUAAGUAUUACUGUAGAGAGCUAUUAUUAAUGCCUUUUUUUAAUCUUAAAAAUUGCCCCAAAUAUUAAGUGCAUCAAACAGUCUUUGGUUUAUUAAACUUUUGCUCUUCAUGCACCUAUACUUCAUUUUCUUUUUAAAUAUAAAAUCUUGCCUUUGUUACAGCCAAAUUAAAAUUCUUGAGUGCUAACGUUGUAUAUAAACGAAAGAAUAUGCUUUUUUUGCAGGAAAAUUUUCUUGGAAUGUGGUUGUAGUCAUUCUUUUUCAGUUCUUAAAGUUUUGUUUUUUUUUAAAUAGGAUGCAACUUAAAUUUCCCUUUGCAUCAAGGUGUAUACAAAACAUUGAUGCAGUGCAUCACAAAAUGAAAGUUUGUAUUUAAUGAGGAGAUACUUUACACUGUACUUUUUGGCAUUUUUUGGAAACAUUGCAUUUAGAUCUAUUCUGAAGCUGUUCAUUUUUAACAAAUAAAAUAUUAUAGGUCUAA